AUGACCGUGAGUAGCGCUGCGCGACUACCAGGCACCGCUGUGGAGCUGCUCUGCUCCGCGGACCGGAUGACGCUCCGACUGCGCACGGCCGCCCCAUUCACCGGUCGUAUCUUCUCACUGGACGCACCGAGCACGUGUGACGUGCGCGGCACGGGCCAGCUCACCACCGAGGCCACGUUCAUCUACCACGACCGUCGCUGCGGCGUUGUCCGUGAGAGUGUCGGCUCGUUCACGGCACUGGUGGCAGUGCAGCACCACAGCACCAUCCAGAAGCGCGAGGACAGCGCCAUCAAACUGCUCUGUUCAUACGAGGCCACCGAACAGACGGUCAGCAACGGCAUCACCCUGCUUACAGAUCGGAUUGACGGCGGCCUGGUGACGUCCUCGGUGAAUGGCACCGCACCCACGCCGAUAGUGUCUCUGCACGUGAGAGACAGAGCGGGGGAAGAGGUCACCGGCACGGCGCUCGGAGAGCCGCUCUACCUCAGCCUCGAGAUGCAGGACAACAGCCGUGAUGCUGGUGGUGUGCUGUUCCUGCGUCUACUGGCGGCGGCGGAGCAAGCUAAGGGAGACUCUGCCAUCGACCAGCACUCUGAACAGUAG